AUGCUACGGUCCCGACUGUUCUAUAUUUGCUCCAUUAUCUUCGCAUUCUAUUUUGCCCAUGUGCAACCGACGACUGAACAGAUCACGGCACCAUGGGAAGUCGAUGCUUUGAGAGCUAUCAGAGGCAGCUUGAGUGAUCCACUGGGAUGUCUCGAUAACUGGAACCGUGGAGAUCCAUGCGUCGGAAAUUGGUCCCGUGUUAUCUGUUACAACGUAACAGCAAGCGAUGGAUACUUUCAUGUGCGGCAACUGGAGCUUCUACGGUUAAAUUUAUCUAGGACUUUGGCCCCUGAGCUUGGCCAGCUGUCUCGCAUGAAAAUAAUGGAUUUUAUGUGGAACUCAAUUGGUGGGAGCAUUCCUAAGGAGGUUGGCAACAUUACUUCUCUGGAACUAUUGCUCUUAAAUGGGAACCAGUUGACUGGUCCUUUACCAGAGGAAAUUGGCUUCCUUCCUAAUUUGAAUAGGAUUCAGAUUGAUCAGAACCAUAUAUCAGGAUCCAUACCUAAAUCAUUCGCUAACCUGAACAAAACCGAGCACUUUCACAUGAACAAUAAUUCGUUGAGUGGUCAAAUUCCACCUGAACUGUCCAGAUUACCUUCACUUGUUCAUCUAUUGUUGGAUAACAACAACUUAUCGGGCUAUCUUCCUCCAGAAUUAUCACAGCUACCAAAACUGCUCAUUGUCCAGCUAGACAAUAACAACUUCUCAGGAAGUUCAAUUCCUUCAUCUUAUGGCAAUAUCACAACACUUCUGAAAUUGAGUUUGAGAAACUGCAGCUUGGAAGGCCCCGCUCUUGAUGCCAGUGGAAUACCGCAACUUGGCUACUUGGAUAUUAGUUGGAAUCAGUUGACGGGUCGUAUACCAUCUGGCAAACUAGUGAGCAACAUAGCUACAAUAGAUCUUUCCCACAAUCGUCUUAACGGUUCUAUUCCUGGAAGUUUCUCCGGCCUUCCUAAUCUCCAAAGAUUGUCAAUGGAUAAUAAUAACUUGGAUGGUUCUGUUCCAUCUGAUGUCUGGCAAAAUAUUGAUUUCAGUGGAAAUAGAAGCCUGAUAUUGGAUUUCCAUAACAACGCUCUCACGAAUCUAUCGAAUCCUCUUACACCCCCUGCGAAUGUUACCAUCCUGUUAUCUGGAAACCCCAUAUGCACAUCGCAAAAUCAACUGAAUAUAUCUCAGUAUUGUCAAUCAAUUUCAGUUGUUGUUCCUGGAGGUUCCACAAAUAACAAUACACUUUGUCCACCAUGCUCAACCGACCUUCCUUACGAAAACAUACUAAGGUCACCAAUCUCAUGCUUAUGUGCUAUUCCACUUUACGUUGAUUACCGGCUGAAGAGUCCAGGAUUCUGGGAUUUUGUUCCGUACGAAGCUGAAUUUCAAUACUACUUGUCAUCUGGUCUUUCAUUGUCCUCGUAUCAAUUGGAAGUCUCUACUUUUAUGUGGGAAGAAGGCCCGAGGUUGAAGAUGAACCUGAAGCUUUUCCCAAACAACACUGCGUUGUUUAACUCUGGUGAAGUGCUGAGACUGAGAGACAUGUUCACAGGGUGGCUCAUCACGGACUCGGAUAUAUUUGGGCCCUAUGAGCUUAUCGACUUCAUCACAGGGUGGUACGAAAAUGCGAUAAGAAUUCAGAUGAAAAUUGAGGGCGUAAAAGACCUCACUUUUGAAGAAUUAUCAAAGUGUACAAGCAAUUUUAGUGACUCGGCACUAAUUGGUCAAGGAGGGUACGGAAAAGUAUACAGGGGGGUUCUGGCUGAUGGAACAGGAGCUGCAGUAAAACGUACACAACAGGGAUCUCUUCAGGGUUCAGAGGAGUUCUUCACAGAGAUAGAAUUGUUGUCCAGGCUGCACCACCGAAACCUGGUUUCUUUGGUUGGUUAUUGCGACGAAGAUAAUGAGCAGAUGCUGGUGUAUGAGUAUAUGCCAAAUGGUACUCUACGUGAUCAUCUUUCAGCUAAAGCUAAAGAAGCUCUAAGUUUCCCCAUGAGGUUACGAAUUGCACUGGGAUCAUCACGAGGGAUCCUCUAUUUGCACACGGAAGCUGACCCUCCGAUAUAUCAUCGUGACAUCAAGACUAGCAACAUUUUAUUGGACUCGAAGUUUGUAGCAAAGGUUGCUGAUUUUGGUCUCUCGAGGCUUGCCCCACUGCCAGAAAUGGAGGGGGUUGCCCCUGGUCAUGUGUCCACUGUCGUAAAGGGUACCCCGGGUUAUCUUGAUCCGGAGUAUUUCCUCACGCAUAAUCUGACGGACAAGAGCGACGUGUACAGCCUCGGUGUUGUUUUUCUGGAACUGCUGACAGGGAUGCAGCCCAUUUCUCAUGGGAAAAACCUGGUCAGAGAGGUUGUGACGGCGAACCAGUCAGGGAUGAUACUGCCGGUGGUUGACACGCGGAUGGGACCGUGCCCAUGGGAGUGCGUGGAGAGGUUCGCGGCACUGGGGCUGCGGUGCUGCCGGGACGAGACGGAUGCGAGGCCGUCCAUGACGGAGGUGGUGCGGGAGCUGGAGAUGAUAUGGCAGAUGGCGCUAGAGACAGAUAGCGUGCCGUUGGAGUUGGAGUCGGAGUCGGUGUCCAUGGACCCCAGCCGCACAGGCACGCAGCUGUCGUCGGACGUCGUCCGCCGGGGGGUCGAUGAUGGCCUACCAGUACAUGUCGUCGCCGGACGUCUCCGGCAGCAACCUGCUCAGCGGCGUGGUGCCCAGCACCAACCCUCGCUGAGAAAAUGUGAGAGCCUAAUUAGUUGGUGA